AUGUCUUUUCAAAAGAAGAAUCCACAGUGCUCACCUGAUCAACCCCUUCAGACCCACAGUGAAAACCAGGGCCUGGAGGUUGCACAGGAAUCUGAGGUUGUGGAGGAGGCCUGUCUCUUCUCCCAUCCUCCAAUGCCUGGCAAUUUGAAGGAGGCUCUUGAUGCUGGUAUCCCAAGUUCCUCUGAGAGUCCUCAGAGUUUCUGCUCCACCUUAGUUGUCACCACAGUCACCUCAUCAAGUGAAUCCUCUGAGAGCUCCAGUAGCCAAAAGGAAGAGAGUGGCACCUCAGUGGCAGUUCCAGACCCCAUGAAUGUGUCCACAGAUGCUCUAGAUGAAAAUGUGGCUUCAUUGGUGAAUUUUUUGCUGUUCAAGUAUCAAAUGAAAGAGCCAAUAACCAAGGCUGACAUAUUGAAGAUUAUCACCAAAAAGUACCAAGACCACUUCAUUGAGAUCUUCCUGAGAGCCUCUAUAUGCAUGGAGAUAAUCUUUGGCUUUGAUGUGAAGGAAGUGGAUCCCACUAACCACUGCUAUGCCGUCUUCAUCAAACUAGGCCUUACCUAUGAUGGGAUGCUGCAUGGUGAAUUUGGUGUGCCUAAGACUGGCAUCCUGAUACUUAUCCUGGGUGUGAUCUUCAUGAAAGGCAACCGUGCCACUGAAGAGGAAAUCUGGGAAGUUCUGAGUGCGAUGAGUUUAUAUCCUGGGAAGAAGCACUACAUCUUUGGAGAGCCCAGGAAGCUCAUCACUAAAUAUUUUGUGAAGGAAGAAUACCUGAUGUACCAGCAGGUGGCCAACAGUGAUCCUGCAAAAUUCGAAUUUCUGUGGGGCCCGAAAGCCCAUGCCGAAACCACUAAGAUGCAAGUCCUAGAAUUCAUGGCCAAGGUUCAUGGGACUGACCCAAGUUGUUUCCCAUCUCAGUAUGAAGAUGCAUUGCAAGAUUAAGAAGAGAGCAUCUGAGCCAGAAUUUCAGCCAGGGAUAUCUCAACUUCUGUGGCCACUGCCAGUUCUAAGGCCAAUCCUGGCAGCUCCUCCCAUACCUAG